AAAACCGCUCGCGGUAGCCAUUGUUGCAUUUCCAUACAGCGCUGGAUCUCGGUCGUGUUCUACCCACACACGUUGUGGUCCUGCAUAUAGAGCAGGAUGAUACCGAUUGACAAGCUUGUGCUGAUAUUUUGCCCGAUCAUGGUACAACUUUUCGUCAUCAGCGAGGUAUACUCUUUCAAGAUUCUGGAUGUAUAUCGACACACGACCACUCACAGCCAUCUUGGAUUGGCUGCAACUGCCCGUCUACGGACCGCGUCGUUCAUGAUGUGGAUGGCAAUCUGCAUUAGCCUGUCUCUCCGUGUAAUAGAUAGUCUAGUACUCGAACUCGUCGAAUCAUAUUAUACUACAGUUCAUGGAAGGCUCUGUAGAUGGCUUUUUUCAGGAACUCGAUGGUUGUUCUGCGUUACGGAUGAGGCGGUUGACAUUCAGUUGUUGUCUCAAGUUCCAUGUCUGGGGGUGUUUAUGCCCAUGAUGAGUUGGACAAGAGACAUCCAGGCAGUCCCUUUUUCCCCACCAAUUUUCACAAGGUUCCUCAACUGGCAAAAGAUGUCGGGCCUCUCACCAGGUCCCUCUCAGUGCCGAACUCCGUGCUGCGUGGACGACUCGCAACGUCACAGUCCAGCCACGAGUCGGCCAGGAGGGUGGUCGUUAAAGACCGCGCCGCGCCCCGAGCCGAUACAAUGUGAAAUAGUAGUGAGAAAUAACCCCAUCGAUCUGAGAGUGGAGAGUUAUCAAAUUGAAUACCGCCUAAACCGCAGACACCGCCGACCCGCACACAAGCUAGAAAGAUGUCAAUCACCAUAUGUUGCAGCAAAACGCCGCCGCCGCAUGUCCUCUCCGUACGUCCACAACCUUGCGGACGCCCGACUCGUCCAAUAAAGGGCAGUACAGCGGAAAAACCAACAGGGCAGAACUUUUCAUAGUCUAUCGCAUAAGUUUCAUUUCUCUAUCUAUUUGUCUCUUUUCGUCUGGACUCUGAAGACAGCUCAUAGAUGCGUCUGUGAAUAGUAUACACUUAGUCCGAAGG